UUUAUCCGAGAAGAACACCAGUUUCUUUCAAUUAAUUGUAAUUAUCCAUGUAUAUUUGUGAAUUUAUGGAAGAAAAAUUAAAGAUGCGAUAAUAUGGAACGCGUAUGCAGGUAUGCAAAAAUAUAUAAAAUAUCCGAAGCAUUGCUCACGGAUAUCUCGUCAUUUUCGUUUUCCUAAAAAUACAGAUAAAGAUAAAAAUAUGAAAAAGCUGAAAUACGAACAAAUAAAAAGUUUCCUACGAGAUAAAGAUGUGAAAAAUAUGAAAUAUGGGCGAAUACUAGAUUUUUUUUAAAAAGUAAACAUUCACUGUCGAAUCGUAACCAAAUGGAAGAAGGGACGAAUAAGAAGAUGUGGAAGAAUCGAAUUCGUCGAUCGAGAAUGCACCUACAAUUGCCUUCUUUUCGUUGUUUACAUCGAUCGCGCUUUCUCUUCCACUGAUUUACGACUUUUCCGAUUUUUACGCCGAUCUAACUAAUUUUGCUCACGUUCGAGCGAUCUUCGACGACAUGGCACUCGAUUUCGUGGCAGCUUUCUCCGAUCGAGUUACGAAAAGAAAAAAUUGGCUACACCCAAGAUUCGAUAAUGAUGCAAUUCACCGGCAAUGUCUAAUUCCGAUCACGUCGAAUUUCUUUUUUCUUUUUCUCGCGUUGUCAGGUGUUCCUCUGGACGAUCGUUUCACCUUCGCGAUUCGAUGGUUUCUUUAAUCAACAAGAUCAGAAAUCCUCCUUCUCCUCCUUUGUCAUGUUCGCAACACUAGGAAACAUUAAAAUUAAUUGAUAAAAAUAUUCAGCUGAAGAUAAAGGUAAUUAAAAUUCCAAGAGUCUCGUAAAUGCUUCCUUGAUUUGGAUGAUUUAAAGAAAACGAUUGGAUAGAGAUCAAGAUAAAAAUGGAAAGUUAAGGAAAUUCUUCUGAAAUGCGUUUCGUUUUGUUCAAAGUUCACGUUUUUUAAUUUAACAAUGCAUUAGAAAUUUCGGUGUCCAAAGUAUGAGAAGACACUGAAAGUACAUAAAACAAUAUUCUCUCUCUCCCUUUUUGUUAGAAUUCUAGAAAGUUUAAAAAAUUUAUAAACAUGCAUUUUGCGUUAUUUGUGAUUAUUAUUUCUCAGUUCAACGAUACUUCGUUCAAGAUAUCGAGUAUAUUCAAAGUGUUAAGUAUUUGCUAUUAUAUUUAAGUGUUCAGUACAUUGAAAAUAUCAGAAAACGUUAGAAUCACUAGAGGCAAAGUAAGAACAAAAAUAAAGUACUUGAAAAUAUCCUUGGAACUAUGCUGUGCAGUUAAGAACGACAUGCUUUUGAAUUGGCAAAAACAGUUAUUACGAUAUUCAUUUCUGAUGUUUACGACAUAAUCAUGCUAAUUGAAAGUCCAAGUCCGGGGCCAGGUCCUAAGUGAAAUCAAGGAUUCUUAGUCCCACUAUAAUUUAGCAAGUCUUUAUAAUUGAAAGCUUGGUAAAUGCCGUAUUAGUUAGUCAAGGACUCUGUCGAAUAUAAUAAUUUUACAUAAUCUAAUGAGAUUUAAUGUUUCGAGGACAGAAACAGAGCUUAAAUUUCGUGUAGAAUCGAAGGGGCUACAGUGAGUUCUGCACUUUGUGCGCAAAUAUACUUGUCGAAAGAGCGUGACGAAUGUCAAUAUCGAUUGUUAAUGCGUUGUUCCCGAGAUAAACCGUUUCCUCCGCGUGAAUAUUGCGUGCACAAGUGAAAACAGAUAACGUUCCAUGGAAUUCAUACUUAGUCAAGUUUUAACGCGAUUUACGAUAACAUAAUCAAAGUUCGAGAUUUCUGUUUGAAGCGAAUGAAAAUGAAUUUGUUGUAUUGUAGCGUGCGAUGACGUUGCUACCACCGACUGUAGAACAACAGAAACGGAUAAACGAGGCGGUUCCAACGGAUCCAGAAGUGAAGAAACGCGAUGUGGCUGCCAUACGCGAGUGGCUGUCGAAACAACCUCAUCUACCUAAUCAUAUGGACGAUGCGAGGCUUGAAAGAUUCCUAUUUGGUUGCAAGAAUAGCAUAGAGCGAUGCAAGAUGAUUUUGGAGAGAUAUUUCAGCGUGCGUACGGCGAUUCCAGAAUUUUUCGCGGUUCGAGAUCCGUUUGCGCGAGAAAUUCAAGAAUGCUGCGAAGCAAUCCAUUAUUUCGUCUUACCAUCAUUAACCGACGAAGGACAUCGCGUAACUAUCUUGCAAUUAAAAGACACUAGUACAGAGAGGUUUUCUAUCCAAGCUAUCUCCAGGAGGAUUCUUAUGGUUCUGGAUACUCGUUUAAUGGAAGAACGUUGUCUAUCAAACAUUAUGGUUAUCGAUCUCGAGGGAUUCAGCAUGAUUCAUUUUACAAAGUGCAGUCCAACGCAGAGCAUCGUCCGAAAGUCGAUGUUGGCAGUGCAAGAUAGCAUGCCAUUAAGACUGCAUAGAGUCCACUUCCUUCACGCACCUGCUUUCAUUGAAAGUAUUCUAAAUAUAUUUUACCCUCUAUUAAAGGAUCGACUUGUACAGAAAUUUUGCAUUCAUACCGGUGGUAGUGAGGAAUUGUACCCUUACAUGGACAAGGAUAUGCUUCCAAACGAGUGGGGUGGGAAAGCAGGCACUCUGGAUGAAUUAAAUGGUUUGUGAAAGAUCUUCACUUUUUACAAAUUUCUUGGAAAUUUGUUAUAAUUAGAUCGCAGGUGUUUACGGAAAUUUAGACAAGUAAAAAUGUACAAAAUGCAGACAAUACGUAGAGAUAUUUAAAGUAGGUACUUGAAAUAAAAUAUUUGUUGGGAUAUUUACAGAAUAAACAAAUCUCUAUACUAAUUUUAAAUUUUUAGUAAUAUCAGUUUUAUAAUUUAGUAAUUUCUCUAAAAGUGGUUAUGAUCCUUCUCUCUUUUUUUAGACGCGUGGAAAAAGAAAAUCGAGAAAAACAGAGAUUGGUUUUUGCGAGAAGAAAAGCUUAGCCGAACAAAUGAAAAAGCCAGAGUUCCAGAAUCUAAAUCAAGAUUUCUGGCGGAACUGGA